UUUCCCAAAGAAUAAACUUCACACGCACUAAAAUGAUAUACAACAUAGUAGACUGUCUAUUUCACGGCAACAAAAGUGGAUGUGACGGAAACAAGUACUGUUUUUUUUCGCCUGACGCCACGUGUUUACUUGUAUGAUGCAGCCUCUUGUCUCCAUCUGUCCUCGUCAUCCGAUCUCUUCAUUCUUCACUCUCGUCGAUGGCCUCCUCGGCCUUGCCUCCUUUACGUUACCUGACGCCCUUUCUGGUUACUGUAUCACUGGCCCCUAGAUCAACAAUGGCAGUUCUUUUGCCGAAAGACGAAAGAGUUUACAGUGCGGCCUCGGAUUGGUGGGACGAGGUCCAGAACUCUCAGAAAUGGCAGGAUGGGAUCUUCUAUGCUCUCUGUGCUGCUUAUUCGGCUGUUGCUGCUGUUGCUUUGAUACAACUUUUCCGCAUUCAGUUGCGUGUACCAGAGUAUGGAUGGACAACACAAAAGGUUUUCCACUUGAUGAAUUUCAUUGUGAAUGGACUCCGCGCAAUUCUGUUUGGAUUUUAUAGAAGUGUUUUCCUUCUAAAGCCUAAAGUUUUGCAAAUGGUACUUCUAGAACUUCCUGGACUUCUUUUCUUUUCAACAUACACUUUGCUCGUCUUAUUUUGGGCAGAGAUAUAUCACCAGGCAAGAAGCCUACGUAUUGAUAGGCUCAGACCUGCAUAUUUGAUGAUCAAUGGUGCUAUAUACCUUCUACAGGUGUGCAUCUGGAUUUAUGUACGUGUAAGUCCAAAUGCUGUUGCUCUGGAAAUAGCUAAACUGUUCUUCGCAGUUGUUUCUUUCUUUGCGGCACUGGGUUUCUUGUUGUAUGGUGGGAGGUUGUUCUUUAUGUUGAGACGGUUCCCAAUUGAGUCUAAAGGACGUCGAAAGAAGCUGAAUGAGGUCGGUUUUGUGACUGCAAUUUGCUGCACUUGCUUCCUGAUUAGGUGCUUUAUGGUCGCCUUUUCUGCAUUUGAUAAAGAUGUGGACCUUGAUGUCCUCAACCAUCCUAUUCUUAAUCUCAUAUAUUACACGUUAGUAGAGAUUGUUCCAUCAGCUCUGGUCCUUUUCAUCCUCCGGAAGUUGCCACCAAAGCGUGUCUCAGACCAAUAUCACCCCAUUCACUAAAAGCUCACUCUUGACCAAAUCUAUCUACGUCUCAAUACCGAACUUGAUGGCCCAGUCUUUUUUCUCUCUCGAUUCCGUAAGCUUGACCUAGUCACAAAAGAAUUUCCAUCAACCAUUGAAAUUGGAGGCCCAGGUUGAACAUAUAACAAACCGGUUUCAAGUUUCUGAAAGCGAUUCGACUUAUAAAGCCUUAGCACUGUAUAGAGCUUAAUGGUGAGCUACGUCUCAGAUUGUCCUGCUGAUGUAGGGGCACUAUCACCUAGGGUUGCCGAUUUAAGGCAAAUAUACGGUUAGAAGGCACUGAAAAGAAAUUACUGAGUUUUCUUCUUUUGAAAAAUCUAUGUACAGACUCAAAUUAAUUUUUGGAAUUAAAAAAUAUCCAUAUUUGGGGA